AUGUGUCAAGCGCUUCUCAAGGCCAUCGCCGAGAAGUUGAUUCCAGGCAUCCCCGAGGAAACUCGGAUAUCUCUUCUUCAGCAGACCAAUGUCACCGAUGCCAACUCAGACCUGCGCCCCAAUGAUGGCUCAGUUGAGGCAGGCGAAUCUGGUCAGGGUCGCAGUGUACUGGAGCAUGUCAUUGAGCAAGCGACUGCUAAAUCGGACGUCGAGCAAGAAAUCAGAGUUCUGUCCGAUGGCAUCAACAGCACAGACCCGUACGGUCCCGUGCGCGCGGUCCGCGUUCUUCGCCAUGAUAGGAACCAAAAGCGGCUCUUCCGAGAGGACAAGAAUGCAAGAUUGCGCAGCGGAGACCGAGGCCUGGCGGCGAGAAAGGCUCUCAAGGCUUUCGAGAAGACGGUGGCCGAGUCACAGAAACUAUUGGAGCAACCACAGGAUGAGGUUUCGGCCGAGACUCUCAAAAACGAGACGCAGGAGGCAUUGGACAUGCUGGCAGAUCUACAACUACAGAUCGAGCCUUCCAAGGUGGCCGAGACCGAGGCCAAAGCCAAGCGCAUCUUGACUGGUCUGGGGUUCUCUGAGGCCUACAUGUCAAAGCCGGUUUCAAGUCUCUCUGGUGGUUGGAGGAUGCGGACCGCACUAUCCAUAUCGUUGCUCCAAGAAACCGACGUUCUCAUCCUGGACGAACCUACCAACUUCCUCGACCUGCUGGGCAUCAUCUGGCUUCAGCGCUAUCUUGAAUCCCUCCAAGACGUGGAUGACGCUCCGACGCUGAUCCUCGUGUCCCACGACAGAGACUUCAUCACUCUCUGCACCGACCUUCUCAUCCUCAAGGACAAGGGGCUGACUUACUUCCAUGGCGACUUGCCGACCUACGAGGCAUCGCAGUCGGAGCGCAAGCUCUGGCUGACCAAGAUGAAGGACGCCCAGGACAAGCAGAAAGCGCACAUCCAGCAGAGCAUUUCCAACAACAUCAAGGCAGGAAAGGCCAACGAUGACCAGAACAAGCUCCGGCAAGCUAAAUCCCGCCAAAAGAAGCUCGACGACCGGUGGGGUCUUCAGGUCAGCGCCAAGGGCGGCCGGUUCAAGCUGAACCGCGAUCUCGUCGGAUUCCACUUGACUGCCAGGGACGAGAUCGACAUUCCUCAGGAUGAGCGACCGGUGAGUUUCGUAUUGCCGGAGCCACCAGACCUCCGAUUCCCCGGGCCUCUCAUAUCGGUAGAGAACGCGACGUUUCGCUACCCUGUCAAGACCAAGGCAAAGACGGCGGCACCAACCGUGCUGCAGGACAUCAACCUCUCCAUCCACAUGGGCGACCGCGUUGGCAUCCUCGGUUUGAACGGCGCAGGCAAGUCGACUCUUGUGAAGCUUCUCGUGGACGAGACGAAGCCCACAUCCGGUACGGUAACAACUCAUCCCCGGUUGAAGCUGGGAUACUAUUCCCAACAUGCCGUCGAAGCUCUGCAAGAAAAGGGCCGGGCUGAUCUUUCCGUGACGGCUUUGUCUCUGCUUACGGAAGAGGUGGCCGGGGAGCUAGAUGAAGGUCAGCUUCGUGGCGUCCUGGGCAGUCUUGGCCUGCCGGGCCGUACUGCAUCCGACAUACCCCUCGGAAAGCUGUCUGGCGGCCAGCUCGUGCGAUGCGAGCUUGCGCGCCUCCUGUGGCGGAGACCACACUGCCUCAUUCUCGACGAAGUGACCACUCAUCUCGACUACGAGACCGUCACGGCGAUGCGGGAAUCUCUCAGUGACUGGGAAGGGGCAGUGGUCCUCGUCAGCCACGACCGGUGGUUCAUGCGCGGUGCGGUUGAAGGCCUGAUGGAGGACUCUGACAGUGAAGAGGAGACCGAGGAGGAUUCGGUGCCUAGACGACGGCUUGUGUACAGACUGAGGGCGGGGAUCCUAACGCGCUUGGAGGGCGGCGUGACCGAGUUUGAGGAGGGGGUUGCGAAGAGAGUGGCCAAGCUGCUCCCCAUGUAG